ACCACGACCGGUCAAAGGCUUUCUCCCCUUCAUCAUCAUAUCCGUCCCGUCCUCCGGCCGCCUCGCUGGCUCGUUCCAUUCCGUCUUCGGGUCCGGAGGUCCUCCCUGGCCGUACUCCGAAAUCUACCCACUCCCUCCGGCGCCGCUGCAGUGCCACCCCUCCAUCGGCCCAUAUCCCAAUCCGCUAUGCAACUGCUGCUCCUACUGCUACUCGCUUCCUUCCUCCUCCGGCUGCCUGCAGCGGCGGCCAGCGCGGCAGACUCGUCAUCAGGCUGCUGGCCCAAGACAUGCGGGGACCUCAAUGUCACCUACCCGUUCUGGGUGGAGGAGCCCGUCCGGCCCCCGUGCGGACCGCCGUCCUUCCAGCUCAUGUGCAACGGCAGCCGCGCGUUCCUGAGCAGAUCCGUCUACCAGGCCUACCAGGUGCUCGGCAUCUUCCCCGAGAACAACUCCUUCCACGUGGUGGACCACAACUUCCCGCUCGUCACCGGCUGCCCAGCGCCAACGAUGAACAUCUCGCUUCCCGGGGCAUUCGUAUUUAGCAGAGCCAACAAAGAGCUGCUCUUCCUUGGGAAGUGCACGGGGUUCCCGCCGGCGGAGUCGGCCGGGUUUCGCAGCCUGCCUUGCGACAACAGCUCCUUUGUCCGGCUCGGCGACGGCCGGAAUUUCUCCAGCCAAAGCAUCCAGGGCGGCGUGCCACAAGGCUGUCUGUUCACAGUAUUGCCGACUCUCGGGGCUCCUGAUGGAAAUGGGGACGACUACGUCGCCAGCAUGAAGAAUGGGUUUCUCGUGGAUUGGGAAGCGGUGCCAGGUGAUUGUCCCAAGUGCAUGGCACGCGGCGGGGAAUGCACGUACGGCGGUCCCGACGCCGAGUUCGCCUGUGAUUGCUCCGGUGGCAAGUGCGGUACCAAAGGGAAUGGCAGGAAGAUUCCACUAAUAGUUUCGAUUUCAGUGGCUGCAAGCUUGCUCCUACCAUGUAUAUAUGUGUUGGUAUGGCAUAGGCAAAAACUGGAGUUUUUUCUAUGCAAGAAGACCAGCAGUGCCAUAGAAGAGAACAUUGAGGCCCUAAUAUUAGCACAUGGAUCACUAGCUCCAAAAAGGUACAGGUACUCAGAAGUAACAAAGAUAACAUCUUCUCUUAAUAUUAAGCUUGGGGAAGGUGGUUAUGGCAUGGUUUUCAAGGGAAGGCUAGAUGAUGGUCGUCUAGUUGCAGUGAAAUUCCUGCAUGACUCCAAAGGUGACGGUGAGGAGUUUGUGAACGAGGUUAUGAGUAUUGGCAGGACAUCACACAUUAAUAUCGUUAGCUUAUUUGGGUUUUGUUUGGAAGGCUCAAAGCGGGCCCUAAUAUAUGAGUAUAUGUCAAAUGGUUCUUUGGAUAAGUAUAUAUACACAGAGAAUCCGAAGGCAGUUUUAGGAUGGGAUAAGCUCUAUACCAUAGCAAUUGGGAUUGCUAGAGGGUUGGAAUACUUGCACCACAGUUGUAAUACACGCAUAGUCCAUUUCGACAUCAAGCCUCAAAAUAUCCUUCUGGAUCAGAACUUUCACCCAAAGAUUGCUGAUUUUGGUUUGGCCAAGUUGUGUCAUAUGAAAGAGAGCAAGCUUUCUAUGACUGGUGCCAGAGGUACGCCUGGGUUCAUAGCUCCUGAAGUGCACUCUCGGACAUUCGGGGUUGUUUCAACAAAAGCAGACGUUUAUAGUUAUGGAAUGAUGCUGCUAGAGAUGGUUGGAGGCAGAAAAAAUGUUAACUCAGCGGCUCAAGAGUCAAGUGAAAAGUAUUUUCCACAUUGGAUUUACGACCACUUUGGCCAAGAGGAUGGACUGCAGGCGUGUGAGGUCACACGUGAAAAUGAAGGGAUCGCAAAAAAACUGAGUGUGAUUGGCCUAUCGUGCAUCCAAAUAUUACCAAUGCAUCGCCCUACCAUCGGAAAGGUCAUGGAAAUGUUCGAGAGAGGAUCGGAUGAACUGGACAUGCCACCAAGGCAAAACUUCAGCCAAAUAUUAUCCAGUACACAGUUUGAAUGCGGAAACCAUGAGCAUGAUUAGUGGCACCAAAGCAAAAGCUUAUAGUGAAGUGCUAAAGAUGAAGGAGAUAAGCGUCGUGAACUCAAAAACCAUACAACGGUUGCCAACUCUGUAAAACAGUUAGUUAUCUACUACAUUGGAAAUGAACAUUAAAUCGGGAGCCACCACCAAAAUACGGUGUCUCCAAACAGGAGUUGGACUUAAAUAAUAUAAAAUAUAUAAUGGUUGUGUCAUGAUAUUCGGUGAACUAUGGUAUUAUAAAUUGUAGUUUAAAAAAAACAAUGUUCCGAAGCAGUCCCUUGUAUGCAUUCGUCUUGUUUCAUAGGA